AGGCUAUACGACGAACAGACUGUGACGUGUGGUUUUUUGGGUGCUUUUCCUUUCAACGUUAUCGGAAGACUAUUUUAAUUCUUCUACAUAUUUUUGGUGAAUUGAACUAAAGAAUCCAGCUUCUCUGCUAUGGCAAAAGGAGAGGGAGGCGAACAAUACUCCAACGCCAGUUUGUUGAAUAAACCGGUCAGCGAGGAUGGCAUCAAGCUGUCCAGAAAGCAUGAGCAUAGGAACAGGUUGUCCGUCUGCAACAAGCUAUGCUACGCAAUCGGUGGAGCGCCCUACCAGAUCACAGGAUGCGCCCUCGGCUUCUUUCUGCAGAUCUAUCUGCUGGACGUAGCGCAGCUGGAUCCCUUCUACGCCUCCAUCAUCUUGUUCGUGGGCCGGGCCUGGGACGCCGUAACGGACCCCACAGUGGGCUUUCUGGUCUCCCGAAGCCCCUGGACGCGUGUUGGACGCAUGCUGCCAUGGAUUGUGCUCUCAACCCCUCUGGCUGUGCUUUCCUAUUUCCUCUUAUGGUACGUGCCUCCCUUCGAGGACGGCAAAGUCAUCUGGUACCUCUUCUUCUACUGCCUCUUCCAGUCUCUUCAAACUUGCUUCCAUGUGCCGUACUCCGCCCUCACCAUGUUCAUCAGCUCGGAGCAGAAAGAGAGGGAUUCAGCCACCGCAUACAGGAUGACAGUGGAGGUUCUGGGCACCGUGGUAGGUACAGCCAUCCAGGGUCAGAUCGUGGGCAUGGCCAACGCACCCUGCCUCCCGGGACCCGGCGACAUCUUACUAAACCCGAACAACAAUACCACCGAACUCAACGACACAGAGCCCGUCAUCUCCCUGGAACACACGAGAGCGGCUUACAUGAUUUCCUCCGGCAUCAUCUGCUCAAUCUAUGUCCUCUGUGCCAUCGUUCUUUUCUUCGGCGUGAGAGAGCAAAAAGAUUCUGGCCGUCACAAGUCAGAACCCAUGGGUUUCUGCCAGGGGAUUAAGCUGGUGAUGGGACACGGACCCUAUGCCAAACUGGUCAUGGUCUUCCUCUUUACCUCACUAGGUUUCAUGCUCCUGGAGGGAAACUUCGCUCUGUUCUGCAGCUCCACGCUGGGCUUCAGAAACGACUUCCAGAAUAUUCUGCUGGCCAUCAUGCUCUCCGCUACUCUGGCCAUCCCCUUCUGGCAGUGGUUUCUGACUCGCUUUGGGAAAAAGACGGCGGUUUACGCUGGCACCCUGUCUGUGGUUCCCUUCAUGAUCCUGGUGGUGUGUUUUAAGAGCAACCUGAUUGUCACCUACAUUGUCUCCUUCGCCGCUGGGGUCGGAGUAGCUGCGGCCUUCCUGUUGCCAUGGUCAAUGCUGCCUGACGUCGUCGACGAUUUCCAAGUGCUGAACCCCGGAUCCAUCGGCCACGAGGCCCUCUUCUAUUCCUUCUACGUCUUCUUCACCAAGUUCGCUUCUGGAGUCUCCCUCGGCAUCUCCACUCUCAGUUUAGAUUUUGCAGGUUACAUCAGUCGAGGUUGCACCCAACCAGAGGCGGUGCAUGUAACCUUGAAAGUGCUUGUAUCCGCCGCCCCCAUUGUUCUCAUUAUAAUCGGCCUCAUCAUAUUGUACACUUAUCCAAUCGAUGAGGAGAGGAGGCAAGGCAACCGCAAACUACUACAGGAACUGAGGGACAGCGAGGCAGAUUCUGAAACAGACUCUACAGAACUGGCCAUCAUGAUCUAAGCACAUCUUUACAGACCCCCACGGACCAAUCGAGCGAAUCGACUGGCACUUUGCACUGGGCGGGACCAAUGGAUCUGAGCCCGUCGGAUCGUACAAACACUGCCUUGUCCAAUCACAUUGCUGCUGUCCAUCAUCUACACAAAAAAAAACAACCUGACGGGCCUUUCUGAAAACUCUCUAUCCUCGCCUUUUGUAUCGGUGUUGUUUUUUCCCCCCAGCAUGAUACACACCACUCUCCUUGUUCGGCUCAAGUCAGAUCUCAAAAGCCUUACUUUUUUGGGACAUGUUAUUUUUGAGUACUGCAGGUUUUUUGUGUUUGUUUUUUAAAGGUUGGUCUUGUUACUCAGUUGAAAUUGCACAAAAACCAUGAAAUGUGAUGAGAGUAGUAGGGGACGAGUUUGAGUCCACACUGCCAUUUUAUUGGUGCUACUCACUUGGAGCUGAACAGUUCCCGUCCUCGUACAGACAACGAGCGUUAAUGACCACGAGCACUGCGCUGAUAGAUCCGUUAACAUCGCGAGAAACCUGAACUCUUAGCGAAAAAACGCCUUAAAUUGAGCUCCUCUUUUUGGAGGGGGGGGUUGAUAAUGUCCAAACUGACAACCCGCAGCUUGAGUCAGUCACUUGCUCUCGAGUCAUUGACUUGAUGUGUAUUUUUGAGUAUUGUUUAAAUGUGUUUUGUACUUUUUACAAUUUUCUCCUCAUAGUUUACUAAAAGCAGUCAGCCUGAUUGUUGCCACAUCCCACUGGCUUUUCUUGGGAGUAAUGUUAGCGAUAUUGGAACAAGUGGCCAAAACGGUAACAGCAGUGCUCUAAAGGGCUCUUUCUUUUUUUUUUUCUUUAAAAAAAAAAAAAAAGUUUUCCACCAUUAUACUGAAACCACUACAAUAGUAAAAGUUUGCACAGAUAACUGCAAUGUUUAUCCAUCAUUUACAUUAUUUAUAGGACAGUUACUGUAGACAGGAAGAGCCUCUAUUCUCUAAACGCUCUCAUCCACUCAUUACCGAGCAAAACGGUGACUACAGCCAGGACUAAUUUAGCGAUAUCAUUAUUUAAAUAUUUAUUAGUUUUGAUUUUACUGGGUUGUUUUUUUUUUCUUUUGAAUUCUUGUUGUCCAGGAAAGUCAUACUACUUCCAGUAUUUAAAUCUAUUUAAGGUUGUUCCCACAAGAAUGAUCCAUUUUUCACAAGUGGUGAAAAUGGGUAGGGCGGUCAAAUUUUUUAAACAUUCACACGCCUUUUAAUGCAUGCUGUCAUCGCUAACGUCUUUGCUCCAUAUGCAUUGGAAAAGGGAAGCUUGUAAUCGUUUUAAAAAAACAAACAAACUGGAAGAUGGUGAAGUCAACUUGUUGUGGUCUUCCUGAAUGUUUUUUUUCUUUUUCUUUUUCUUUGUACAUAAGGGUGUAAAUUGAAGGAACAACUGAGGUGCUUUGUGAUCAUCUCAAUCCCUGUCAUGAGAAUAAGGGUUGACAUAGUUCAUAUCCAUUGAUAUGGAAAUGUGUACAGUCAGUGUCAUAUGUUAUACAUACUGCUACAUCUUCGACGUGUUGUUUCUGACAACUAGGAUGCUGAUGUGAAAAGUUUCAUCUUAUUUUUCUUUUUUGUUAAGUUCUAUUGUUGAGAUUCUUCACAUCGCUACUAAGAGGCCACCACUGUGCCCUGUUCACCCACUAAAACCUGUAAUAUUGUAAUAAUGUACAUCCUGUAAAUCUCAUUCUGUUUUAUUUUGCCAUUGUCGUGUCCUUCACGGAUCUAUCAGUGAACGUCCCUCAUAUCUAUUGAGGCUGUAGCCAAAUGUGUGAGCUUUAAUCCCACAGGGACACACAGACGCCUUGUGUACACGCCUCCUGUGCAUAUGUAUAUAUUGUAUGUAAACUUGUAAAUAACUUUGAUAUUUGUGGCUGCAAAAGUGAAAUGAACUUAUGUACACUGUACUGUAGUUAUUUAAAGAAAACAGUUAAGAAUGAAGAGAUAUUGUUAAUAAAUACUAAUGGGUAAGUGUACUGUGAA